UUUGGCAACGUAGUAGCAUUCGUUUCUUAAGGGCUGUUACAGCCGCCCUUUUCUUUCUGUUGGAAGAACUUUAAUCUCAGAAUUUAGCGGAGCUUGGAGGCGCAGGCAGGCACUCACAAUGUCUCGAAAUUUCUCUGACAUGGGUAACAAGAAGGAACAUGUUAAAAUCACAAGUGAGCGGAAGCCGGGGUUUCUGGAGCGCCUCAGUGAAACAUCUGGGGGGAUGCUCAUUGGGUUGGCCACAUUUGCACUGUCUUUCUACAUUCUCUUUACCAAUGAGGGCCGAGCUUUGAGGACAGCUACCUCUCUUGAUGAGGGGCUUUCUCUGGUGGUCCCACUUGAUGACAUCCAGACUAUAUUACAAGAAAAUGACCACAAACUUGUGCACCUCUCAGGCACCCUUAGAACAUUAAAGCCUUUGUAUGAUCCCAGCUAUGGGCUCUCCGUCCGGGCUGUCAAGCUUAAACGUCAUGUGGAAAUGUAUCAGUGGGUAGAACAUGAAGAAUCCAAGGAUUAUGAAGAAAAUGGUGAACUUAAGACAGAAACAAGAUACUCAUAUAAUACUGAAUGGAAAUCAGAAGUUGUAAACAGCAGAAACUUUGAUCGAGAAAUUGGCCAUAAAAACCCCAGUGCCAUGGCUGUUGAAUCUUUCACUGCAGUUGCUCCUGAGGUCCAAGUGGGCAAAUUUUUUCUUUCUAAAGGCCUCAUUGAGAAGAUUGAUAACUUCAAACAGAUGAGCUUGUCAAACCUGGAAGAUCCGCAUGCUGAUGUAAUCCGCUCUGGGGAUUACUUCUUUCACAGUGAGAAUCCUCGACGUCCAGAAGUCGGAGACCUUCGUGUUUCCUUCUUUUAUUCAGGUUUGAGUGGAGACUCAUCCCACUUGGGGCCAGCAGAUACGGUGACAAUAAUUGCUCGGCAAAGAGGGGACCACUUGGUUUCAUACAAAACCAAAUCUAGUGAUACUUUGGAGAUUCUUUAUCUUGAUGAGCUCUCUGCUGAGGAGGUGUUCCAGAAGGAGCAUGAGAGUAACAGCAUGAAGACUUGGGGUCUACGUGGAGCUGGCUGGCUGGCUAUGUUUGUAGGCAUCAAUCUUAUGAUGAGAAUUUUUUAUACCCUAGUGGACUGGUUUCCAGUAGUCCGGGACCUGGUUAAUGUUGGCCUGAAAGCAUUUGCCUUUUGUCUGGCCACUUCUUUAUCCCUGCUAACUAUUUCAGUGGGGUGGUUCUUCUACCGGCCACUCUGGGCAAUGCUGAUUGGGCUGCUGGCUGUAGUUCCCAUUGUGAUUGCGAGGUCCCGAGUUCCACCAAAGAAGCAGCAGUGACAGGGUGAGGAAUGUGCCUCUGCACCUGAAUCUCUUUGGAGCCUUGACACAUCCAAAACAUCUAUCCUGCUUGAAGCUAGGAGGAUCGCUUUAUUUAUGUGCUUAAAACAAAACUUGACAAAGCAGUACAUACAAUUAAUACCAAAGAUUUUAUAGUCAACUUAGCCGCACAAUUAUUUGUACAGUUUUUAUUAUGUAAUCAAGUGAAAAGUGGUUGUUUUUCUACUAAAUUGAUAAAACUUGAGAUGCAGCUAUUUUUGAGCAUAUAAUUGCUACAUUUAUGUGGCUGUAACUUUCAUAGUAUCUGCCAGUCCUUAUAAGGGAAGGAUAGGUGGAGUGUAACCUUGGUGGCGAUCAGGAGAGGUUUUAUAAUAGUAUGUAAAUCUUUUAUAAUCUUUUUCUUCUACCUUGCCAUUUUAUUUUUUGUUACCAUUUUUGUUUCUUGCUGUCUUUAUAGUUCAUUUAUUUCUAGUUUGCUUGUGCAUUUAAGUUACCCUAAAUCUGAAACUUUCAGCAUUGUAAAGGUCACCCCUGUAUCCUUGUCAGGGUGCUUACUGACACUGGCGUGUGUAUGUUUGCUAUUACCACUGAGCUGAAAUUCUAAGCAAAUAGAGUUUUGUCCAUUUAGCUUGCAUUUUGGGGAGCCUUUUUUUAAGAAUUAAAAAAGGAUGGUAGAUGUUAAAUUAACUCCAUUGGGUUUGUUUCUGUAUGUGAAAUGUAAAUGUGAAGGAAUUGUUUCACUUACCAGUAACUGCAUUUUAAUGGCUCAGUUAAGGAAAUUAAGACUUCUCGGACUGUCACUUUACAAUGGAUGCGCAUAAACACCCAUAGGAGAUACUCAGCUCUGUAUUCUGUAAGGUCUGGAAUAAGCUGAAAUGUACUAUCGGAGCUUGUAAAUCAUAAUUAUUAACUGCAGUGAAUUAAAAGGGAAUGUUUUUAUGUAGAGACAUCAUUGCAGAUCUAUCCCUAUCUUGCCUGUCCUAUUCUUACAGUGCAAUCCUAAGAAGAGUUACUCUAGUCUAAGCCCAUUGAAAUCAAUGGUCUUAGAUUGGACUAACUCUUUUUAGGAUUACACUGUUAGGGCAAUAUAGAUGGUUUUUCUUUCUUCCAUCUUUACAAGAACCCUAUGAGAUUAAGCUGUAUGGAUCUGUGUGCAACUUUAUGAGCUUCAUGGCAGAGUAGGGAUUUGAACUUGACUCUUCCCACUCUUAGAGCCAAGCUACAAGAAACGAAUUACAGGAGGAGGAGCGCGUGAAGGGAGUUGCAGUGUUCGCCGGGAAGCUGCGUUUUAAAAGAGAUCGGAAGGCUUUAUUAAUUUCCCCUCUCUGCAGAGCCAGGGAAAUGGACUCAGAGGGUUUACUUCCUCUUCGCCUCUUAGAAGGGGAGGUGAAACUGACAGAGCCUUAGGGUGACAAACAGGAAAGUAACAAACUUUCUGAGCAUCUCCCUGGCUCUGUAGAGAGGAGAAAUUAACAAAGCCUUCCAAUCUCUUUUAAAACUCAGCUUCCGGGCUAACUUUGCGACUCCCUUCAUGUGCUCCUCCUCGUGUAAUUCAUCUCUUGUAGCUUGGCUCUUAGCCCGACUGUCUAUUCUCCGUUUCUGCGUUUUUCACGCUUUUGUUGUGAUCUACUGUAUUUGGAAAGAUAGGUUAGUCUUAAAAUUAUGUUCUUCCUGUGUCCUUACGGUGAUAUGAUGGGUUAGUAUUUUAACAGCUGAGUCAAUCCUGUGUGAACAGCCAAAUCCCUACAACUGGGCCAGCCUCAGCUAUGAUUUAGGGUUCUACGAACUAAAAUAGGGUGCUAUGCUAAUGUGACUUGUCAUGCUUAAAGGGAAAAAUGAGCCUUUAUCACUGUUGUAUAUUUUUCAUAAUAACUUUUGAAAUUCUUGUUUUCUCUUAGGAGAAGUGCCAGACUUCUGAAUUUUUUGAAUAAAACUUCAUGAAUGAU